CUACAGCGCCAGUCCAGAUGCGACUGCGGGACGACGGGACGAUCGGGAUAAUCGGACAUACCACCUAGCAUCUGCCCCGCAAAACAAAUCCAGCUCAUGUACUGCGAAAGAUGACGUCGAUUGCUAUUGUUCAAAAGUAAACAACAACAGCGGAAUCUCGUUGUUCGUAUAAAUCAACCUGUACAUCUGUUGUUUCAUACUCAAGUUCGGAAAUUGACCACUGACCAUCAUGCCUUCUAUCAAUUCAGCUGUGUUCCAUGCCUAUGCCUAUGGCACGGCAUUUUGGUACGGUCUACGUGGUGGAUGCCGCAUAUAUGACCCUGUCAUGGUCGUAGGCUGGUUCCGUCCACCAUCGCAAGCCAAGCUCGCCCCGAAUGACCUCGAGAUCUACAACGUUUUCAACGAUGGCUGGUGUCUCAUCACCCUAGCCCUAAUUCUGGUCUCGUUCACCAAUGCUGUGCCCUUCUCCUCGUCAUCCUCGAAAGCGAUCCAUUCAGCAGACGCACCGAAAGCUCUUCGUGCUUCAUACGCCAGCGAUACUCUCUCUUACGCAAAAGCUGUAGUAGCUGCAACAGUGUUCCAUCACAUCACAACCGGCUUUGGCGCGUAUCAGCACUACAAGCUCGACAGCCACUACAACACUUCAAUGGGAAUCGGCGUCUGGGGCAAUGUGUGGUUGACCUUGUCGGGUCUUGUAACACUUGUAGCAUUGCAGUCGGAUGCGGGUGAUCGACCAGUUGAAGAGAUUACGAAGAAGGUCAAAUGAGAGGCGGUAGAUCUUGGACGGCCUUGAUGUCACUCCACAAUGGAGCCAAGGAGGGGUCAGGGAGACGACUACCACUGGCAUUGAUCGAGUGUACGAACAUGACACAGGCCUAGGUACGAGUAUGGAUACCAUGGUUGCGGAACGAGUUUAUCAAAACACGUAAAGUGUGAGUUUGAUAGGACAUCGUCUUUCACAAUCGGGUUAUAGUCUAGGUAGUGGAAUAGGCUGCUCUAUACCUGUUAGAAGAAUAGAGCUGUAAUCAGUGCCUUGCAUCAAUGGCAAGAGAGC